CGAGAACCGACUGUGACCGAUCGCUCUCGCGAUAGCUGAGAGCGGCUGGGCGUUCACCUUCAGAGCGCGGUGACCAGUGGUGACGCCAUCAGCCCGCGCCGGGUGUUUGGGGAGCCCGCGGGGACAGCUUGGGGCCGCGGCGGCUGGACAAGUGGGGCAUUAUUUUGAAGACAAUGUCUGGAAGUUUCUACUUUGUAAUAGUCGGUCAUCAUGAUAAUCCAGUAUUUGAAAUGGAAUUUCUACCUUCUGGAAAAGUGGAGUCCAAGGAUGAUCAUCGUCAUCUCAACCAGUUCAUAGCUCAUGCUGCUCUUGACCUAGUAGACGAGAAUAUGUGGCUGUCUAACAACAUGUACCUGAAGACAGUGGACAAGUUUAAUGAAUGGUUUGUUUCUGCUUUUGUCACUGCAGGACAUAUGAGAUUUAUUAUGCUUCAUGAUGUAAGACAAGAAGAUGGAAUUAAAAACUUCUUUAAUGAUGUCUAUGACUUGUAUAUAAAGUUUGCAAUGAAUCCAUUCUAUGAACCCAAUUCUCCUGUUCGAUCAAGUGCAUUCGACAGAAAAGUGCAAUUUCUUGGGAAAAAACAUCUUUUAAGCUGAAUACUUUUAAAUAGAGAGACUUUAUUGUAUCUUCAUGAAUCUGAACUGUAAUUAACUUAAAUAACCUGGUAAGUUUUCAGCAUGUUUGACAUGUCUCUUUUUGAAGACUUAAGACAAAUCAGCUGCCCCAUAAUUUUUUUUCAAAAUUGAGUUUUUGGGGUUAUGAGAAAUACUGUAAAAAUCCUUCCAGUUGCCAUGGGUCGUGAAAGUGUUAAACGAACAAGUCAGUAUAAACAGUGGUAGCAAAUCUUACUGUAUUCCAAAGUUAGAGGCAUCAGUAUAUCAGUUGCCUCAUCAAUGCAGAGAUGAAAAGCAGAUCUCUUGUGUUUAUGUAGCCUGUUGGAAGGAAAUCAGAUCUAAAUGCAAAAAAAGCUUUAGUGUCUGGGUGUAUGUCACAAUUGUAUGACUUAGCACAAAGAAUAGGGAAUUUCUUAAUUGUUAGGCCUAAAGGGAGAAAUAUUGGUUAACGUAGUAAGAUUAAAAGUUGCUAUGUUUGUCACAGUCCUAAAUAGGAAACUGUUGCACAGCACAAUACAAGACUAAUUCCCCCUUGCCCCUGUCAUGUGAGCUCUCAGAGAUGCAUCCCAGCAUGCUGUGGUUAAAGAAACGUCUGGGGCUGGCAAUUAAGACCUUGCAAUACUAUUUUCCAAUAAGUCAGCAACUCUCAAACAGCUUUUCUUUUCUUUUUUUUAAAAAAUAUCAAAACUGCUGAACGAUGUACUGCAUGGUUGAUGCCAGAAACCUAUACCUGCACAUUCUGCCAGUGAAGGAAUAAAGAAAAUAUAAUAGAUCAAAAGAUUACAGCCAUUCUUCCCUAACUUACGCCAUUUCUUUUCAGGACAACGCUUAAUCAUAUAUUUAAGUUCCACUGAGGUAAAUAGAAUUUGAGUGUUGAAGCACCCUCCUGAAUAUGGAACUUGAACUAUUUUGUGAGGUUGGAUAGGGUGCAAGGCAGAUUUUGGACCAUUCUGUUUACUAUUCUGUACUACAAAAUAGAGAAACUUUUGCAAGCAGGUAUCUUUAUACUGUCAUUCCAAAAUAGUUACAAUUUUAAAAUGAAUAGCAUAAUAUCAAGCAGAUACACAGCUAAAUAACUGUAAGAUACUUUGGUUCAGUUUAGAGUACAUGUAAUCCAUUAUUUUGCAUGUUAUAUAAACUGAUUUCUUAGCAUUGGCUUAUUAAAUAUGUGAAAGACCUCAUACAAGUGACUGAAGACCUAGUUGUUUCAGAAACAUUUUGCAUUUUCCAUUUAAAUUGGUUAUUUAAAUUGUUUUAGCUGUAGAUUUAUCCAGUCCUCAUUUAAGAACUAUGCUUAUUUCUAAAACGUCCCAGGAAAACUGGAAGAUAAUAUUAAGAGGUCCUGCUGUUUCUUUCAAAUAAAAUUAUUUGACAUUG